AGGUUUUUCUGGAAACCCCCUUGGUAAAUGUCAAGAAAGAGGGACACUGACCCAAGACAGAGACUUAACAUCUCCAGCCAAAGAAAUAAAACUCAAGGGGAGAGGGAAAGGGAGAAAAAAGCCCUAGCUGUCUUUGAGAACAGCCAGGUGGAGUCAUCUAAUGUGAGUGAGGAGGGGAAAGGGAGGUGACUGUAUGUGGAUUUUAGGGUCAGUAAAUCACAUGAGACUCUUUAUGUUGGGACUGGGUUAGGAACAGUUGUACUUUUAGAGGACAGGUGAUGAGAAGUGAAAGUGAAUGUGAUCUGGAACCUGGACUUGGCUACGCUCAGAGAGCUUUCCUUCAGUGGCGUUGGUGAGGCCUAUCCUUGUGUUCUGUCAGGGUUGGCACUAAGGAGUGUAACUUACUGAUUGGAGCAGUGGAACAGUGGCCUUGAUUUGUAUUCUGGAAGAUUUAAAAACUUAAAAGAAUAAACAUUCUGGUCCUUCAGCAAUGCUUUCUCUGAAGAAAUAUUUAACAGAAGGACUCUUGCAGUUCACCAUUCUACUAAGUUUGAUUGGAGUGCGAGUGGACGUGGAUACUUACCUGAACUCGCAACUCCCUCCACUUCGGGAGAUCAUCCUGGGGCCCAGUUCUGCCUACACACAGACCCAGUUCCACAAUCUGAGGAAUACCUUGGAUGGCUAUGGUAUCCACCCUAAGAGUGUAGACCUGGACUAUUACUUCACAGCUCGGCGGCUUCUCAACCAGGUGAGGGCCCUGGACAGGUUUCAGGUGCCUACCACAGAGGUGAAUGCCUGGCUGGUCCAUCGAGAUCCUGAGGGCUCAGUGUCUGGCAGUCAACCCAGCUCAGCCCUUGCUCUGGAGAGUGCCAGUGGUCUCCAAGAUGUGACAGGUUCCGAAAGUGGGGUACGAGAAAGUGAAGCUGAGCAGGGUUUCGGGGAAGAGUUGGAAGAUCUUGGGGCCGUGGCUCCUCCAGUCAGCGGAGAGUUAACCAAAGAGGACAUUGAUCUGAUUGACAUCCUUUGGCGACAGGACAUUGAUCUGGGUGCAGGGCGAGAAAUUUUUGACUAUAGCCAUCGCCAGAAGGAAAGUGAAGUGGACAAGGAGCUGAGAGAUGGGGGGGAAUGUGGGGACAGCUGGCCAAAUGAGGGGACUGAGGCCCUGGCUGGAAACCUGCUAGUGGAUGGAGAGACUGGGGAAAGCUUCCCUGCACAGGUGCCUGGUGGGGAGGACCAGACAUCCCUGUCCCUGGAGGAGUGCCUUAGGCUGUUGGAAGCCACUUUCCCCAAAGGGGAAGAAUCUGAGUUUCCAACUGCAGAUGUUUCCAGUAUAACAGAAGCUGUGCCUAGUGAGAGCGAGUCCUCAGCUAUUCAGAACAAUCUUCUGUCCCCACUUCUGACAGAGACAGAAUCUCCAUUUGAUCUAGAACAGCAGUGGCAAGAUCUCAUGUCAAUCAUGGAAAUGCAGGCUAUGGAAGUGAACACGGCAACAAAUGAAAUCCUGUAUAGUGCCACAACUGGAGAUGCGCUGAGCACCAAUUAUAGCCUCGCUCCCAACACUCCCAUCAACCAGAAUGUCAGCCUGCAUCAGGCGUCCCUGGGGAGCUGUGCCCAGGAUUUCUCACUCUUCAGUCCAGAGAUCGAGAGCCUUCCUGUGGCUAAUGGGUCCACUCUGCUCCAAUUGGCCCCCAAUAACUCCACCAGCCUCAACUCCACCUUUGGUUCCACCAACCUGACAGGGAUCUUUUUUCCUCCUCAGCUCAACAGCACAGCCAAUGAGACGGCCAACCCUGAGCUGCCUGACCCUCUGGGGGGCCUACUGGAUGAAGCCAUGUUGGAUGAGAUCAGCUUGAUGGAUUUAGCCAUUGAAGAAGGUUUUAACCCUGUGCAGGCCUCUCAGCUCGAAGAGGAGUUCGACUCUGAUUCGGGACUUUCCCUGGACUCUAGCCAUAGCCCUGCCUCUCUGAGCAGCUCAGAAGGCAGCUCUUCUGCCUCUUCCUCUGCCUCUUCCUCUGCCUCUUCUUCCUUUUCAGAGGAAGGGGCUGUGGGCUACAGCUCUGACUCUGAGAAUCUGGAUUUAGAAGAGCCAGAAGGGGCUGUAGGUUAUCAACCUGAAUAUACCAAGUUCUGUCGAAUGAGCUACCAGGACCCCUCACAGCUCUCCUACUUACCCUUCCUGGAGCACGUGGGUCAUAAUCACACCUAUAACAUGGCCCCUGGGGCCCUAGACACUUCAGAGCCCCAGCUCAAUGGGGUGCUUAAGAAGGGCAGUAGAGAGAAGCAGGCUGACUUCUUGGACAAGCAGAUGAGCCGGGAUGAGCACAGGGCCCGGGCCAUGAAGAUCCCUUUCACGAAUGAUAAAAUCAUCAACCUGCCAGUGGAGGAAUUCAAUGAGCUGCUGUCCAAGUACCAGCUGAGUGAGGCCCAGUUGAGUCUCAUCCGAGACAUUAGGCGCCGAGGCAAAAACAAGAUGGCAGCUCAGAAUUGUCGCAAGAGGAAACUUGAUACCAUCCUUAACCUAGAGCGGGAUGUGGAGGACCUGCAGCGAGACAAGUCCAAGCUGCUCAGGGAAAAGGUGGAGUUUCUUAAAUCCUUGCGCCAGAUGAAGCAGAAAGUGCAGAGUCUAUACCAGGAAGUGUUUGGGCGCCUGCGGGAUGAGAACGGGCAGCCCUACUCCCCCACACAGUACGCCCUGCAGUACGCUGGGGAUGGAAGCGUCAUCUUGAUACCCCGCACAAUGGCCGACCAGCAGGCCAGGCGCCAGGAAAAGAAGCAGAAAGAUAGAAGGAAGUGAGUCUGCCUGGAGAGGAGGGGGACAAAGCUCACUCUGAUAGAAACUGGAGAAAGGCUGAGCCUGGAAGUGCUGGAGGAACUUUGAUGCCUCUUACCCAAUAGAUCUUCUCAGACAUGACAACUGCCGGUCAGUGUACAGGAAGAUGGGCGGGCCCUGCACUGUUUGGCUCUGCUCCCCACCCUGGCCCUUUCCCCUCUUCCAUCUCCACAUUUAGGGCUGAGGGCACCACGGAGCUUGUUGGGGGAGGGAGGUCCACACCCAGUUUUUUGGAAGGCAGGGAUGGAGCUGGCAUUGCUGGGGGUGGGAAGAAGCUGAAAGGUGAAUGCCAUUGUAGGUGAUAAAGGAGGAGCCUUGUGAAAGAAGGGGUAAAGAAAGAGUCUGGUUUUUGAAUAAAGGAAAAACACCCCAAAAAAUCAAAGCGGGAAGAAAACCACAGGGGAACAGCCUAAGCUGGGAUUCCAGGCUGUAGGUUUUUGUGACUGAGUCUUGGUCUUCUAUGUGAGUAAACCCCUUUCACCCUGGGGUGGGGGUGGGGGGUUGACUGUCACUUUACAAAGUGGGUUGGGGGAGGGGGCACCUAUCAACUCUUUAAAAUUCCAUGUACAUCAGCAUUCUUGGAGAGGAGUUCCUGGAGACUCCCUUCACCCCAAUUUUUUUUAAGCCACAUAGGAGCUAUUGAGACCCUAUGCCAAAUACCUUAGGAGGGUUUUGGGAUCAAAGGGAAGAGUGAGCAGGGUAAAAGGUAGAAAGAGCCAUUAGGCCACAUAUUUCUGCCACCCACCAAGCAUGUGACACUCACUGCCCCCAUUCCUUAACCCUUCCCCUGCCAGCUCCAAUACUGCACCAUUCCCACUGCAGCCUGCAUGUGAAUGCUGUAUUCUUCCCCUCCCCACUCGAUGAAGCACUUUUGACAGUUUAGAGGGGCCUGGAAGAUACCUCUUUCCUCCUACCCUUAGGAAGAGGAGAGGCCCCCAGAUGUCACCUUAGGGAGAGGUAGGAGGAGAAGCCUCUUUAGCAAUCUCCAAUCAGUAUUCAGCACAAUGAUGGGGAGUAGCCCAUUCCUCCCACCCUUCCUCCCUCCCUACAACUGGGCUUGUCACUGAAAAACUAGGCCUCUGUGUUAGGAUUUCUCAGAAUUUCUUUCUUGCGCUUUGAUUUUUUAGGGCUUGAGCCCUGUUUUUACUUGUAGGGUCUAGAAUGUUUGUGUUGAGUAAAAGGGAGAUGCCCCAAAUAUUCAAAGCUGCUAGAUGUUCUCUUUGCCAUAAAGACUCCGUGUGACUGUGUGAACACUUGGGAUUUUUCUCCUCUAGCCUGAGGUCAGUCUGUCUUUUUUUUAUUUCUUUCUGGAGGAAUGUGUAGUGAGUGAGUAUAGUGGGGGCCUAGUACACCAUCCCACUUUAGGACAGGGAUGAUUUUUUUCUGGUGGUCACAGUUCAGCAAAGGCAACAUGGGAUCUGGUAAAGGCAGGAAGAGGAGACAUCCACAUAUGGCUAAUGCUGAGGGUCCCAUAAAUGCCAGAGGUGCCUGGUUUUGUUUUUGUCUUGAAUUUAAUUUGCAACUACUGCCAUCUCUGGCUGGGUUCUCAUGAACAGUUUCAGCUUCUGAACCAGUAGGAGAGGUUAUGGGGGAUGAGGGUAGGAGCACUGAUUUCCCCCCUCCUUCCCCCAUUGGGAGUUCUCAAUAAGCAGCAGGAAUAGGAAGGAGUAAGCCUGGGUAAUGCUUAAAUUAUUUUCUUCUUAGAUUUUAUUUUUAAUUUAUCUCUGUGACCUGCCAGGGAGAGAGGGGAGAGAGUGAGAGAGAGAGAGAGAGAUGCUGUGAGCACAUGACAAAAUAAAAUAAACUAUAAUAAAAUGGCUGAUUUCACUCAAGUGCAAUUUUUUUCCCCUUUGAGUUUAAUUUUAGGGGAGCAAGGGCCCUGGCCUCCAGUGGAACUGCAGUAAUGGGCCCUUAGCUAGUCAGCCACUUGUAUGGCUGCAGCCAAAAAACUGAUAACUAGGGAAAGCAGAAUGGGGAGGAGUGUUUUUUUGUUUUGUUAAGAAAAAUCUUAACUAUAUUUUUUUAACCUUUCAAGUAUUGUGCAGGUGAGUGGUUUUUGGGGAGGGGGGUCUUUUUUUCCCAGCUGGGUCAGCUGGUCCCUGUCAUGAUGGAGGGGAAAGGAUUAAAAAUUCACUUUUGGCCACCCACACAGUGCUGGCCUGGUUGAAGUGUUGUUAUUCUUAGGGAGCCCAGGCUAGGCCCUAACACCUGGUCCUGCUUCCUGUCUCUUCACCUGCUAUGACUUGUAUUUUUAUGCCUGACCUUGUGCUGUGUGUAAUUUGCUCCAAUGGCCCCUGCCUGCAGAUAAUUACAGUGCAUUUGCGUCCUAUGGUAAUAAAAACUCGAGAGCCACAUUGUGCUGUAAAGUCCAACAUUGCAGCAUGGCUGAAACGAGGGCUCAUGUUGCUGGGGUAGGGGACUGUCUGAAAUAAAUGCCACCAAGCUGGAAA